ACAAUGGUGUUGUUCCAAUUCUUUGUGCUUUUCUCACUCUUCCUUUCUUCCAUUCUCUUGCUGAAUCACUCAGUUAAAUGCGACCAUGGUGAGGAAGAUGAUCUGUAUCAGGGAAUCAACAAGUAUAGGGCAUCAUUAAAUUUGACAUCUCUAACAAAGAAUGAAAAUGCAAAUUGCUUUGCUGGAGAAAUAGCUGACCAGUUCAAGGGUCAACCCUGUACAAAUACCACAGGUGCUAACACCGUACCAGGUACAGAGCCUCAGUUCUCCAACUACCCAGACCUUUUAACUAAAUGCCACUUGAAUAUUUCUAACACAAGGGAUGGAUCUGUAAUGCCUGCUUGUGUUCCUGGCCUGGUUCCAAGCCUUGUCCUCACUAAUUUUACGCAAUCUCACUAUUCGGAUAAUCUCAAUGACUCAAAGUAUACAGGAAUUGGUAUUGGUUCAGAAGAUAACUGGAUUGUUGUCGUACUGACCACUAACACCUCUGAAGGAAGCUUUGUUCCAGAGACUUAUAAUGAGGAUGCUGUUCAUUGUUCCACUUUCGUUCGAGUAUUGACAGUCUGGUUUCGUUUAAGUAUCGUAUGGAAAAAUGAAAAUAAUGAAGACAAAUGCUUUUCUAGUGAAACACAGAGGGAUCACCGUAUAGGCGUUGUUUCAAUAUUGUAAGUGUCUGCUGAAUGCUAUAGAGAAAAAAAGCAUUUUCCCUCGAGGUUUGUUAUCUUAUUGUUGUCAUCAUCUCUUUUUUGGUUUAUUUUGAAAGCUUUACAUUUGCC